AUCUUGUGCAGAGGGAGGUCGUGAAGGGUGGCCAAAACCGACAUCGCCGCCGCCGGCCAACGUUGUCGCCGACGAACCCAACUCUGCUCCGAUUCCAUACGUGGUUAGUGCGACCUAUCUUCUCCGCUCCUCUCGCAACCCGUCCCUACUCUGGUCGCCGUGGCAGCGGCAGGUGUUAUGCAGCUGCAAAUGCCUAGAUUCGGGUAGAAAUUUCCAUUGAUGAUUCUUUGUACCAGCUUUCUGUUGUGUUCCGGUGAUCUGUGGAUUUGCUGCUAAUCUAUCGAUUGUGCCUGUGCAUGUCAAUAUACGAAUAAUUUCUGGCCUAUCUUACGAUUUCGUGUGCUGAUUAGGAUUGCUAAUCAUGUUGGUCUUCUUGAGGCGGGGAACCUCAUUCCAAAACCCUUCCUUUUCUUAUUCUUUCGUUAGAUUCCUGUUAAAUUCGGCUCAUUUAGUGAGAUCUUACCCAGUGAGCGAUCUCUCUCUUUACACUUCCAAGAUACAAGAACUCUGUCGACUUGGUCGCGUUAGGGAAGCUCGCAGCUUAUUUGACGCAAUGCCCCACAGAGACUCCAUCACCUGGAACUCCAUGAUAUUUGGUUAUUCUAUCAAUGACAUGAUGGACGAUGCACGGAUGCUCUUUGAUGCCUUUGUUGGAAGGAACACUCGGACAUGGACCAUCUUGGUCUCUGGUUAUGCUAAGAACAGCCGCCUCAAAGAUGCACAGCUCCUGUUUGAUUCAAUGCCAGAACGCAGCAUCAUUUCAUGGAAUGCCAUCAUUAGCGGAUAUGUGCAAAAUGGGGAUAUAAACACAGCUCAACGUAUCUUUGAUGAGAUGCCUGUGCGAGAUAUUGCAUCGUGGAAUGCUAUCAUCACUGGGUAUUGCCAUGCUCAUCGUAUGAGUGAAGCGAGGAAAUUGUUUGACCAGAUGCGCAUGAGGAAUUUGGUAUCUUGGUCUGUGAUGAUAUCUGGGUAUGUUCAGGUUAAUCAAUACAGAGAGGCCUGGAUGAGUUUUGUUAGGAUGCAACGGGAGGGAGUGAGACCAGAUCAAGCUAGUUUCACAGUCUCUAUAUCUGCAAUUAUUGGGCUUGACGACCUCAAAUUGCUCGAGAACCUGCGAACAUUGGCAAUCAAAACAAAUUAUGAAGAGGAUGUAAUUGUGGGCACUGCCAUCCUGAAUGCUUAUACAAAAGAUAUUAUAGGCUGGGACAAAGCAGUGAAGUUCUUUGAAUUAAUGAAAGAGAGGAACGAGUACUCCUGGUCUACCAUGAUCACCGCAUUUGCUCAUAUUGGGCGGUUGGAUGAUGCCAUCUCCAUGUAUGAGAGAGAUCCUGUAAAAUCUGUAGCUUCUCAAACUGCUAUGUUGACUGCCUAUGCCCAAAAUGGACGGCCAAGUGAAGCAAGAAUCCUUUUCGAAAAGAUUCCUAAUGCUAAUGUGGUUUCUUGGAAUGCCAUGAUCGCUGGGUAUGCACAGAAUAAAAUGUUAGAUGAAGCCAAAGAGUUAUUCCACAGGAUGCCCAUAAGAAACUCUGUUUCGUGGUCUUCCAUGAUUGCUGGUUGUGCACAGAACGGAGAGAAUGAGGAGGCUUUGCAUCUUCUCUCCGAGCUACACAGGCUUGGAACCUGUCCCAACCUUUCAUGCUUAACAAGUGGCUUUUUUGCUUGUGGCAAUAUUGGAGCUUUUGAAUUUGGCAGACAACUGCAUUCUCUUAGUUUAAAAGCAGGUUCCCAGUUCAAUUCUUAUGUGAACAAUGGUCUAAUUACCAUGUAUUCCAAGUGCAAGAACAUAGAAGCUGUCUCAAGGGUUUUCACCUGGAUGCGAACGAGAGAUAUUGUCUCCUGGAAUUCUUUAAUAAGUGCCCUUUCUCUGAACAAUAUGUUGGAGGAUGCACGAAUGGCUUUUGAUAAGAUGUCCAACCGAGAUAUCGUAUCCUGGACUGCCAUUAUAUCUGCAUAUGUACAGGAUGAGAAUUGGAAUGAAGCUUUGAGACUCUUUAUCAGAAUGUUGGGUGAAGGAAUACUUCCCAACUCGCUAACAAUCACUAGUGUUCUAAGUGCUUGUGGGAAUUUAGCCUUCACCAACCUAGGCCGACAAAUCCAUGGCUUCACCUUUAAAUUGGGAUAUGAUCUGGAACUCUUUGUUGGCAAUGCUUUAAUAACAAUGUACUUCAAGUGUGGCUCUGCGGAUUCGUUUAGGGUCUUUGAUGAGAUGGUUGAUUGUGACAUUGUUACAUGGAAUUCAGUGCUAGCUGGUUGUGCACAACACGGUCUUGGAAGGGAAGCAAUUGAAAUUUUUGAACAAAUGAAGUCUGAAUGUUUCCUUCCGAAUGCAGUCACAUUCUUGGUGCUCUUGUGUGCUUGUAGCCAUGGUGGUUUAGUUGAUGAAGGAUGGAGUUAUUUCAAGAUGAUGAGCAAUGUAUACGGAAUUAGGCCAUCAAAAGAGCAUUAUGCUAGCAUGGUGGAUCUUCUAGGGAGGGCUGGUUACUUAGUUGAGGCCGAGGAGUUCAUAGAGAAUAUGCCAAUUGAACCAGACUCGGUGGUUUGGGGCGCACUUCUAGGCGCAUGUAAAAUCCAUCAGAAUGCAGAACUUGGCCGGAGAGUUGCUGAGACACUGUUUAAUAUGGAUCCACAAGAUUCAGGUAACUAUGUUUUACUUUCAAAUUUGUAUGCAUCACUCGGGAUGUGGGAUGAAGUUGAAGAAGUCAGAAAGUUGAUGAUUGAUCGAGGGGUGGUAACAAGGCCGGGUUACAGUUGGACUCAAUUGAAGAGAAAGAUUCAAUUCCUUUAUAGUGGGAAUAAUCAGCCAGAACACAUAGGUGCCAUAUAUGCUACCAUGGGAGAGUUUUACGACAGCAUGAAUAAUCCAAGUUAUAACUCCAAUACGAGAAUCCUUCAAUAAGAUACAGAAGGAUGACAGUACUCAAGAGCUUAGAAUGCUGAUGGUUCAGAUAUUGAAACAGCAAUUUCAACUGAAACUGUGGCUUGUGCAUCACCUUUACUCAAGGGGGGUCAAUGAUUUAGCAAAUGAUCUACUCUAUCGAAACUCAGAACAAGUGCACAAGUCCAGUUAUUUAAUUCAGCUGUUUAUAACUCACUUCUCAUCAAUUGGUAUCUGUUUCUGAGAUUACUGAGAGUAAAAGAUCACUCACAUAACUGAUUGAAUUGACUGCAACAGACCAUUCCAAUUUACAGUACCAUUACAGCAUCACAGUUUGUGUGUGUCAAUCAAAGAUACAAUUCCAUUCUAAGCUAACUCUUGGAGACUGGAGAUGGCUUGAGAACAGAUGCUUGAGAAAUAGCUCGGUUCUGGUGAGAAAAGUGCUUAUAUUCUGUUCUCUUCUACGCAUCAUGGUGUCCAUUCUCACGCCACAUUCAACCUACUUUUGAAGUCCUUAGCUCAAUGUUCCCUCAAAUAAAGAACUUCUUAGUUGAAAAAUCAUUGUCCAUGCCGAGGUAACUCAGAAGCAAAACAUUUCAGUUGAUCCGCUCCAAAUUUUAACAAGUUGCCGACGCUGUAAGUACCUUAUAGAUGAAAAUUUUUGUAAUCAGUGUCCAAUCAGGAAAUGGUAUUCAUAGCUUUCCUGCUAUAUUGCUGAUCAAUGAAACAACAAGGCUUCCAUAUCAUGAGCCAAAGGAUCUGAAUUCGCUUGUGUAUUUCUACCACAUAAGCACCGGUUUAGAUCCAAUCAUACUUCUGGAAAUAGAUCAGUCCAGUUCAGAAUUCUCGAAUCUGCAGGGGAGUUGAUAACCAAGGAGCCUUAUUUGAUAUUUGAAGUACUUUUCAUCUUCUUGAGAAUGAUCAUUUACUUUGUCCCUGCGAUAUACUCGUUCGUGAAACCUUUUUGGGCCCCACAUACCUGGCACCUGAACUUGCGAUUACUGCAUGAAUUGAGCCAGAUAUUGGAGCAGAUUUAAAAUUUAGUUGAACUCAAAGGUCGUGGAACAACCUUAAGCUUUGGAGCCAAACGAGGAACCUUCAGAAAGGAGCGAAUAACUUAUGGGUUCGGGCGGCUUCUCUUGCCUCUUUAUCACUCAGGUGAGUCUUCAUCACUUUCCUCAAAACUCUCUCUUUCUAACUUGCAACGAUAUCUUUUCAAUACUUGUGAUGAUAACAAGCUGUGUUUGGUGGGAAAAGUGAACACUAUUUUCUUCAUUUCCCAUUUUCAUUUCAUAAAAAGGCGAAUUAAUUAACCAGAGCUCAUUUAUAGUUGAGCUGUCACACUAGUCUUUUUUCAUGUCAAUGAAUAUUAACAUUUUCUAGUUGUGACAAAUUUAACUCUACUUCAAAUAUAAUAUAAUAAAUGGAUUAAAGUUUAUAAACUGAAUAAAUAUGACUUGA